AUGUCGGGCAUCCAAGCGACGCAAUCAGCCUCAAAUCAAGUCAUUCGUAAUGAUCAGGAUGGAAGGGAGGUGCCGUGGAAAGUCGACCUUCCUUUGGCGGCUUCAGCCGUUAUAGCCACUCUUCUCGACAGGUACUUCUCAGUGAUUGCGCCUCACUGGCCACUUGUUCUGGAAGAAGAUCUCAAUCAGGAGCCCUACACUUCUCCGCUUUUGCUCCGGUCAGUGUGUCUUGUAUCGGCUCACCUUGCUGGCGCCAGGGCACAUACGCUGGUUGAAGAUAUCGCUCAGUCCAUUCAUCAGUGCUUUGACGCCUAUGAGCUGCUGUCACUCCCUACAGUGUCAACAUUGCAAUCCAUUCUGCUGAUGCUGGCCUCGCCGAGAUUCUCUCAGCAGUCCAUGAUGACAGCUUCCGCUUGCCGUAUGGCAUUGACACUGGGACUUCACCGACCGUACUAUCCCAAACCGAUACUGUACUGGUCUUGCAUCGUGGCUGCGCGUUGGGAGUCCUUGAGAUCCGUGAGUACACGCCUGGCCGACCGCGUAUGCUUUGAUCUUGAAACGACCCCGCCGCACACCGAGCCAGAUCCAAAGACGGUAUUUGGAGCCUUGUAUCAUCUGUUAGCCUACGCAGAUGAGAACAGGGAGCAUACGGGUGAUCUGUACCAUACCUAUCGUUUCCAGAAUAUAUACGCACACGACACAACACCGACCGCCCGGGAAGUUGAUGCCUCUGCUCGGAUAUUGGAAGAAGAGCCGGAGACUAUACAGACUCUUAUGUACCCGCUUGUGCGGUACCUGUCAGAAGAUGGUACGAAUGGCAGCGACGCUUCAUCAACAAUAACGGAUGAUUCACCUGCAUUUGAGCUUAACCCAUUCUACUGUUGUACUCGAAGAAUUGUUGUCUAA